CUGCUGUUAAACCUCAUCGAAGAAGAACAGGGGCGAGGAAGGAAAACUAACAAAAAUGCUGUAAACUUAUGUUAAGUCGUGCUUAACAUGCAAGUAAACAGUACCUUUCGCGUUGGAGUUUAUAGUACAAGCUCAUAGAAAGGGUAACAAAUUUGGAGGCACAGCUGGGAGUUAUUUACAUGUGAGCACAGGCCCAUAUUAAUUGAACGGAAAACGAGUGAGAGACGUUUGAGAGUAACUAGCUAGCUAACGUUAGCGGGCUAACCACGCAACGGAUUUCUAGCUAUCUUGCCAUUGCCUGCAUUGUCGUUAUUUCCACGUGAGUAGGAGAAUAUGAAUCGAGAAAGAGAAACGUUGUUGGAUGAAAUCGAACAGAGUUUAUGGACUUUAACUGAGGACAAUUUACGGCACCUGUGUGUACGUUGUGGAAUAGGAGGUGUAGAUGACUCUGAAGUGAAAGGAAAGAGCCGUCGCGCAUUGCGGCGCAAACUGAUUCAAGAUUACUGUGAGAAGGAGGAUUUAAUGGAAUCAGAGGAUGGGGGAAUAUUUUGUCUGUUACAACUGAAAGACGAAAUAAAAGUAAUAUCAGACUCGGAGGAUGCUGCGAACCGUCUGCCUACAAGUCCUAGCCAGUCGGCGUCAACGACGCACUUGGACAGCGAACCCAGCGGAGAGACAGGAGCAGCGGCAGGACGGAAAGAGGAGGUAGGGGGUCCUCAGUCCAGCAGAAAGUUCACAGGCAUGCUACCUGUGCUCCCUCUAGAAGUCCUGGAGGAGAUGCUCCUAAAUGUCCCUCCACAGCAGGUGGUGUGUGUCUGUCGACUUGUGUGUCGUGAGUGGAAAGAAGUGGUGGACAGUGAUUCCCUUUGGAGAGAGAGGUGCCGAAGAGAAGGAUACCAGACAUAUGUGACUAAACUACCUAAAGACUGGCGUUUGUUUUACUUCUUGUGUAAGAAGAGACGUAAUCUUCUCAAGAACCCCAGAGCAGAUGAUAAAUUCAAGGGCUGGCAAAUUAUGGAGAAUGGAGGGGAUAAAUGGAAAAUCGAGUCAGUGGAAGAAGUGCCGCUUCCUGACAACACUGUCCAAAAGUACUUUGCGACUUCUUACUCGACCUGCAGGAAGUCUCAGCUGAUUGACUUAGAGAAAGAGGGUUACAGGCCUUCUUUCAUGGAUGACUUUCAACCCGACAUCAUUAUAUCCGACUGGUAUGCUCCACGGAGGGAAUGUGGCGCUAAAUAUGAGAUCUGUGUUGAGUUGCUAAAUCAUAAGAAGCAGCCAAUUAAGAAGUUUAGUCCAGGAACUGUCAUCUUUCAAAACUGGGAUGAUCAUAAAUGGAAUCAGAUGACUCAUGUGUUCAAGAAUUAUGGACCAGGUGUGCGGUACAUCCGAUUCAUUCAUGGAGGAAAGGAUACCCUGUACUGGGCCGGCUGGUAUGGAAUUCGGGUCACCAACAGUAGCAUCGAGAUCUGCCCAUCGGUGGACAGAUAGCUUUCGGUGUUCCCAUUUACUCUCCCAAGAGGUUACAUGUGAACAUUGUGCCCACCUGCAAGCUUUACUUUAGCAUCUGUACCUUAGCAUAGUGUACACCUUGUUCUGUCUUUUCUGCCUUUGGCACCCUGUUUCCAUGUGGAUAUAGACGAUUCUAGCUGUAGAAUAUAUACUUUUUUAUAUAUUAAUAUUCAUUUUCCCCUAGUCUGAUUUAGUGCCUGUUUUUGUCCACUCUGUUCUAGUGAGUCCUUGUGGACACUGUAGAGAGAAACAGAAGACAAGAACGUGUUCCUCAGUCUUGUCUUUAAGUGAUGGGGUUAGAGUAUUUUGUAUUUUAAACCGUAAGAAGGAUAUAGCCACAUUUGUAGUAAGAAAACAGAAACCACUGUUUAUUACAACCACAUCUAGCUGCUGUCGUCAAUGGAAAGGGUGGCUACUUUGAAGAAUCUCAAAAUAUAUUUUGAUGUAAUACUUUUUUUGGUAAUUACAUAUGUUAUUUCAUAGUUUUGAUGUCUUUACUAUUAUUCUACAAUGCAGAAAAUAAAGAAACCCUGGAAUGAGGUG